AAUUAAUACGAAAUUUAUAUUUUAUUACAGAUAAAACUGUUGAUACAUAGAAUACUGCUCAGUCAUUGGUUAACGAAAUUAAAUUGAAAAUUAUCCGAUUGUUAUUGGUGUGACGUAUUUUACGUCAUUGUUUUCGAUAAGCGUUUGUAUUGUUUGCCACAGUAUAUAGGUGUUUUUUAACGUUUACGCUUGUAGAAUGUGUUUUGAAAGCGUUAUUUUCUGAUUAUCAGUUAUUAUGGUGCGAGUGGCCGUUAUUGGAAUAGGUACUCUAGGAAUCAAAAUUACAGGAGAACUUGCAUAUCAUGGGCAUGAAGUUCGUCUUUAUGACCAAAAUACAGAAACAUUGGACAGAAUACAUUUAAGAUUAAAUGAAGAUAAACGAAUGCUUAGAGAAGAUGGUCUUUUAACUCAGCCAGAUUUUGUGGAAGCUUGGUUGCAAUGUCCACCUUACUUAUUCGAAUAUUUCGAAAAUAAAGAAAAAAUUAUCCAAAGAAUUAAAGAUAUACCAUUAGCUAGGAAUAUGGUGAAAGAGAGAAUUUUGGGAAUGGUGGAAAAUGNAUUUCUUAUUAUGGCUAGUUCAAUGAAAAAAUUGAAAUUAUCAGAAACAGGAAUGGUGGUUUUUAGAACAUCAUCAGUAAAGCGACAUUAUGAAACCAAUAACAAAUCUCUUCUCAAUCAAAGUGAAGAAGAUUAUCAAGCUUCAAGAGCUAUUACUCAAUAUGGGAAAACUUUUAAUGAAGAUCAUUUUUUAAAGGAAGCUUGGUUGCAAUGUACACCUUACUUAUUCGAAGAUUUCGAAAAUAAAGAAAAAAUUAUCCAAAGAAUUAAAGAUAUACCAUUAGCUAGGAAUAUGGUGAAAGAGAGAAUUUUGGGAAUGGUGGAAAAUUUUCAGAGAUGUUUAGGUGUAAGGUUUCUUUAUCCUGUAUAUUGCAUUCCUGAAGUAGAAGUUAUUCCAGGUCAUCAUACAUCAGUACAAACAUUAGAAAAAGUGAGAUUGUUUUUAGAGAGAAUGGGAAAAAUAGCAUUCUUUCGAUCUGGGACAGAACCUAUGGUUUUAACUGAAGAACAGAGGGAAGCAAGAAGAAACGCAUAUAUUCGAUAUUUGAAAAAUAAUAAAGGACAGUUAAGAAAAGUAAGAUUUGCAGUACCAGAUCUUGCAAGUGAUGCAACUAUUUUAAAUGUACUUAGUGGAGAACAAAAUAUUCCAGUGUCUCGAGAAAAAGAUUGUGUUGUUUGCAUGGAUGAAGAGCGUAACUGUGUUCUUCAUCCUUGUCACCAUCUCUGUACAUGUGCCAGCUGUGGAAGAAUGCUUCUUAAAAGACAAGAUGCUUGCCCUAUUUGUAGAAAACACAUAUCCAGUAUAUUUCGUGUAUUCCAUUCAUGAAUAUUUUUAUAACAUUCAAUAUUUUAUAACAACAUAUAAUAAAACAUAAUACUUUAAUUUAAAA